AUGUGUGCGGGGAUCCGCGGGGAUGAGUGCGGGAUGUCCGCGGAGGAAAUGAGCGCCGGGUGUCCUCGGGAUUGUCCGAGGGAUGCUCGCGGGGCCGGGGCCGGACAGCCCGGUGUCCCCGCUGCUGCUGGCCGGAGUUUAACAGCGGGGAGCGUGUGCGUGGUACCGGGGCCAGCCGGGGCAGAGCCGAGCUCCGGAGCUGCCCCUAAGCCUGACCUUAACGCUGUCCCCAGCAAACGCGAGCCCGAGGGCAGCAGGGGCAGUCCCUCUGUCCCUCGGCACCGGUGGCCGGACCCUGCUGCUGUCCGGCCGCCCCCGCCGCCCUCCGGCAGCGACAUCGUCCACCCCAUCAAGGUUGAUGAGAGCGGAUCCUUCCUGUCCUACGACCUGUCCCACCGAGCCCUUCACCGCAGGUCUCCUGCCUCCAGGAGCAAGCUGCCCGCCUUCUACGAGCUGCACUACAAAGGGCAACCCCUGAAAUUCAACCUGAGCCUCAACAGGCACCUCCUGGCUCCGGGCUUUGUCAGCGAGAGGCGUUUCGGGGGCAUCGCCGGCGCCAAGAUCCAGCCUCGCUCCUACAACUCGUGCCAUAUGAUCGGGGAGGUGCGGGGCAGGGCCCCGCAGGGCGGGCUGGCUGCCCUCAGCACCUGCGAUGGCCUGAAAGGUGUGUUCCAGCUCAUGAACGAGGACUAUUUCAUCGAGCCUGUGUCCAGCAGCCCUCGGGAGGAGGGAGCAGCACAGCCCCACAGGAUCUACAAGCGCCAGGUGCCCAAGGGCAGGGCUGGGCAGGACAGGAGCCCCCCGGCCCCUCGGGAGUCCUGUGGGGUGCCAGAGUCUCAGGAGAGCCUGGAGCGGUCGGAGAGGCGCAGGGAGAGGUGGGAGCAGAGGCAGAGCAGGAGGAGAAGGAUCAGGCAGCGCUCCAUCAGCAGGGAGAAGUGGGUGGAGACGCUGGUGGUGGCAGACACCAAGAUGGUGGAGUUCCAUGGCAGUGCCAACGUGGAGAAGUACGUGCUGACCGUCAUGAACAUGGUGGCAGGGCUGUUCCACCACGCCAGCAUCGGGAACCCCAUCAACAUCGCCAUAGUGCGGCUCAUCCUGCUGGAGCACGAGGAGGAGGACCUGAAGAUCUCCCACCAUGCAGACAACACCUUGAAAAGCUUCUGCAAGUGGCAGAAGAGCAUCAACGUGAAGGGAGACUCCCACCCCCUGCACCACGACGUCGCAGUGCUGCUCACCAGGAAGGACAUCUGUGCUGCCAUGAACAGGCCCUGUGAGACCCUGGGGCUGUCCCACGUGGCUGGGAUGUGCCAACCCCACCGGAGCUGCAACAUCAACGAGGACACGGGGCUGCCCCUCGCCUUCACCGUGGCACACGAGCUCGGACACAGUUUUGGGAUUCAGCAUGAUGGAAGCAGCAAUGACUGUGAGCCAGUUGGGAAAAGACCUUUCAUCAUGUCUCCACAGCUCCUGUAUGACACGUCCCCUCUCACCUGGUCCCGCUGCAGCCGCGAGUACAUCACACGCUUCCUCGACCGGGGCUGGGGGCUGUGCCUGGAUGACCCCCCAGCCCGGGAGGUGCUGGACUUUCCCCUGGUGCCCCCGGGUGUCCUGUACGAUGUGGGCCACCAGUGCCGGCUGCAGUACGGCCCCUACUCCACCUUCUGUGAUGACAUGGAUAGUGUCUGUAGCACGCUGUGGUGCACGGUGGGGAACACGUGUCACUCCAAGCUGGACGCGGCUGUGGAUGGCACCGCGUGCGGGGAGAGCAAGUGGUGCUUCAACGGCGAGUGUGUCCCCGUGGGCUACCGGCCCGAGCCCAUCGACGGUGGCUGGAGCUCCUGGAGCUCCUGGGCCUCCUGCUCCAGGAGCUGUGGUGCAGGAGUGCAGAGUGCUGAGAGGCACUGCAGCCACCCCACGCCCAAGUACGGGGGUCGGUACUGCCUGGGCGAGCGGAAGCGGUUCCGGAUCUGCAACGUGCGGCGCUGCCCCCCGGACGAGCCCUCCUUCCGCCAGCUCCAGUGCAGCCAGUUCAACCCCAUGCUCUACAAAGGGAAGCUCUACAAGUGGACACCAGUGCCCAACAACGUGAACCCCUGUGAGCUGCACUGCCGGCCCGAGCGCGAGUUCUUUGCGGAGAAGCUGCGGGACGCCGUGGUGGACGGGACACCCUGCUACGACAGCGAGGCCAGCAGGGACAUCUGCAUCAACGGCAUCUGCAAGAACGUGGGCUGUGACUACGAGAUCGACUCCCACGCGGUGGAGGAUCGGUGCGGGGUGUGCCACGGGGACGGCUCCACCUGCCACACCGUCCACAAGACCUUCGAGGACAGCGAGGGGCUGGGUUACGUGGACAUUGGGAUUAUCCCCGUGGGAGCCCGGGAGAUCCGGAUUGAAGAAGUGGCAGAAGCUGGGAAUUUCCUGGCACUGCGGAGCGAGGACCCCGAGAAGUAUUUCCUGAAUGGUGGCUGGACCAUCCAGUGGAAUGGGGACUACAGGGUGGCAGGCACCACCUUCACCUACAAGAGGACAGGGAACUGGGAGAACCUCACCUCUCCAGGGCCCACUGUGGAGCCCGUGUGGAUCCAGCUGCUGUUCCAGGAGACCAACCCCGGGGUGAGGUACCAGUACACGAUCCAGCGCCCGGCUGACAGUGAGAACGAGAUCGAGCAGCCCGAGUUCCUCUGGCGCUUUGGCUCCUGGACCACCUGCACGGCCACCUGUGGGACAGGGGUGCAGAGGCAGGUGGUGCACUGCGUGGAGAGGCUGGCAGGUCUGGUGGAGGAGCGGUUCUGCGACGCGCUCGCCCGCCCCGAUGACCAGCAGCGCACCUGCAGCGAGGAGCCCUGCCCGGCCAGGUGGUGGGUGGGUGAGUGGCAGACCUGCUCAGCCUCGUGUGGCGGGGCAGGGCUGAUGAAGAGGACGGUGCUGUGCAUCCAGAGCGUGGGGCUGGACGAGCAGAGGGCCCUGCAGCCUGCACGCUGCCAGCACCUGCCCAGGCCGGAGGCCACCGCGCCCUGCCACCCACAGGUCCCCUGUCCCUCCCCCUGGACUGUGGGGAACUGGUCUGAGUGCUCUGUGACCUGUGGAAAUGGGACCCAGAGGCGCCCUGUGCACUGCAGCAACAGCACCGGGGCCACGUGUGACCCUGCCCAGAGACCCAGCCCCGACAGGGUCUGCUCCUUGCCACAGUGCCACCAGAAAUGGGACAGUGCCGACUGGUCUGGCAGCGGCUCCUCCAGCAGGGAGGUGUUUAAUGAAAUCCAUUACAUCCCCAGCAACCACAUUCCUAAAUUUAACCCCUUAAUCCCAAACGUCCCGGAGUCCAACGAUGUCAAUGUUAUCACCGAGGAGGAUUUCUCAGCCAGGAAAGGAAAUGUCUUUGUGGAUGAUUUCUACUACGAUUAUAACUUUAUCAAUUUCCACGAGGAUCUGUCCUACUAUCCCUUCACAGAGAAGGAGACCAAAGGUGAGGAGCCAAAGCCCGGGCUGAGCACUGGUGGCGUGGAGGGGCCCUGGGAGCUGCCCACUGAGGCCGUGCUCAGCACCGAGCUGGGAGGAGACGGCGAGGAGCACCCAGGCACCGGGGAGGAAAACACUUCUGCUCCUGUGCGGGAGCGAGACACAGAGCCCGGGGAUUUGGCCGUGAAUGACAUCCUGAGCACGGUCCCCGAGGAUGUGGGAUCAGCCACCCCCAGAUACAUCACACCUGGCUUUUUGGGUGAGGAGGAGGAGGAGGAUGCAAUGCCCCACUCUGAGCAGCACCCACCCACCCAGAGCUCUGUGAGCCGUGACUCUGCCAACCACGGCCACUGGGAUGGACCCCACAGAGCUGUGCCCAGCAGGACCAGCCUUGGGCAGGGUGCCCCAGCUCAUGGCCUUCCUCCAGCUGCUCUGGUGCCCACGGGCUGGGGCAGUGCUGCUGUGGAUGUGUCCCACGGGCCAGGAGCACCGGGCAGCGCGAGCACAGAGGGACACGGCACGGCCAGGUCUGCAGGGAGAGGCCGCCAGGACUCCGGGGAAAUGGGUCUGGCCGUCACCAGUGACAUUGAUGGUGCAGCCCCGCAGCCCACGGGGCAGCACAGGUGGGCAGGAAUGCCAGAGGGGAUGCUGGACACGCAGGCAGGGGGGCAAUCCCGUGACAUGGACAGGGCAGGUCUUGCCUUGCCCACCCCAGCUCCGGGCUGGGAGGUGACAGGGAGUGCUGGCAGCGCCCACCCUGCCGUGAGCCCCCCUCCUGUGGUUGCUGACGGGCCUCCCAUGGGACAGGGAGGGCAGCAGCCAGAGCUCCACACCCCUACAGCCCCCACCUCAAUCCCCUCGGUGGCCACAACAGCCCCUUCAGUGUCCUCGUCCCCUGCCAUGCCUGGGCCAGGCACCCAGCUCACCUCCAGCAGCCUCACCCAGCAGGAUGCUCUGGUCCCAGCCAUGCCCACAGCCCCAGCUCAUGGCUCACCUCCCCACGCUGCAGGGUCCCCCCUGGAAUGGGGGACAGAGGGGGUGUCCCAGCACCCAGAUCCAGCGUGGCCCCGCACCCAGCUGAUCUCCCAUGGGACCCUGCUCAGUGAGGAGGAGGAGGAGGCUCUGCUUCCACCAUCAGCCACUGCCAAGCCGAGCUGGGAGGUCGGGAACUGGAGUGAGUGCUCAGCCACGUGCGGCCUGGGCGCCGUGUGGAGGCCGGUGCGCUGCAGCGGCGGCAGCGAUGGCGGCUGUGCCGAGGCCGACAGGCCGGUCCCUGCCCGGAGGUGCUCCCUGAGACCCUGCUCGGCCUGGCGUGUGGGCACCUGGAGCAAGUGCUCCAGGAGCUGUGGUGGUGGCACCAAGGUCCGGGACGUUCACUGUGUUGACACCAGGGACCAGCGGCUGCUGCGGCCGUUCCACUGCCAGGCUGGGCUGUCCCAGCCCCCGGCACAGUUGCCCUGCCAGAGCUCGCCGUGCCUGCCCUGGUACACAUCCUCCUGGAGAGAGUGCUCAGAGCCGUGUGGUGGCGGGGAGCAGGCGCGGCUGGUGACGUGCCCGGAGCCAGGACGCUGCGAGGAGACAUCGAGACCCAACAGCACCCGGCCCUGCAACACGCAGCCCUGCACCACCUGGGUGGUGGGCUCCUGGGGACAGUGCUCGGCUCCCUGCGGAGGGGGCAUCCAGCGGCGCCAGGUGAAGUGCAUGGACACCAGGACAGGUGUGGCUGAGGAGGACAGCAGCCUGUGUGACCACGAGCCGUGGCCAGAGAGCACCCAGAAGUGCAACCCCCAGGACUGUGAGAGCUCCGAGCCAGGUGUCCCCUGCGAGCGUGACCGCCUGACCUUCGCCUUCUGCCAGACUCUGCGGCUGCUGGGCAGGUGCCACCUCCCCACCGUGCACACCCAGUGCUGCCGGAGCUGUCGCCAGCACGGGCUGCUGGCAGCGCCCCGCGGCCACCAGCGCCUCUCCCGGAGGUGA